GAUUCGUGGAAACUCCCCAAAGAAUGGAAAUCUCUCGCAGACCCUUUGUCAAAAGAACGAACGGACCUCACAAGAUUCUCGAACCAAGAACAUGAGGAAAUGGCCGAGGUUGUAUGGAAAAGCUGGAACAAGGGCAGCCUGGUGGUCGGAGUUAUGUCUUAACAUAGUUAGGUUUAGAAAACUACUACGAAACAAGGAAGUUGGGGCUAUAGCCAAUGCCCAAUGGGCAGAUAUACCGCUGGCUGCUCCUUGGGGUUGGAUGCCUCGCCAAAUACCAGCCCCCUGUCCCGACAUCACUGUCGGUCUGAACACGUCGACCGUCAAUUAUGCAGCAGAAAUCCGAAGCUUGGAGCCAUAUGCUUGCCCGGUGAUUAAAGAUUCAUUUAUACUAUUUCCCGUUUUCACCUUAAAGGUCAGAGGUAUACCACACGGCAUGUUCUACCCUCGUUCACAGAAUCUAUAUAACGGAGCAGUCAUGCUCCGCAACUUGCGUGAGCUACAUUCAACAGCCAGAGGCGAGGAGAGCUGCGUAAAAGAUUUUGAUCACAAGGUGUUCGUUCUGACUACAUCAAUAAGUGUUGAUACUGUUGAAAUCAAUAUCCAUUUUACCGAGGUCGAAGGAGGAGUACUGACAUUCAAGUCGGCUAUGAUGGACAUAUGGCUUACACAGAGUUCGGAAGACAUGCCUAAAAUGAUAACGAAUGUGAGGAAUGCCAUUGACAAGGCAAUAUCCAGCAAUCAGGAAUGUAUAAUGCAAGAUCUUCAAUGCAUUAGUGAGCGAUUAGCUCUGCAACCACCAUCCAGUCCGUCUUGUUUCGGCAAAAGGGCCAGGGCUGAUAGCGAAGACGAGGUUGAAACAGAGCGUGAUGGCUGCGGAAAAAAGUUACGCAGCGAUGCUGGGUGGAAGAAAACUUAGUGCUAACAGCAACCAAAUCAGCCAUUCUUGUCCUGGGUUUCUACUAUUAUAUAUUUAUAUCCGUA